UCUCUCUCCCAGCGCAGUAGAGUCAGACUCAGAGCGGCGUGGCUCAGUCUUGGCUGUGGUAGAGAGGGGACAGACAUGGAUUAUCUCAUUCCUUCAACAUCCAGCCAUCGUGUCAUUUCUGGCUGCUUACCGCUGAGUCUCCCAGCAUCCUUCAGACCUUCCUAAACAUUCCCUAAACAGAGGGAAACCAGACUGGUUUUCACAGGAUUUUGGCGACUUAUGCAUGAAUUCUGUCUCCAUCAGUGUUGGUGUUAUUGGUUGGAACAUGACAAGAAAAUAAACUUUGGAACGACCAAUAGAGGAAGUCCUCGAAGGAGGGCUAAAUGAACAUCUUUCCACACAGUUAUCCACAAAUAACUGCCACCGAACUGGAGUUCGAUUGGGAGCUUUAAAAAGACAGUGAGAGAGAGAAAGAGAGGAAGAAAGAGAGAGGGAGGACAAACAGCGUCCAAUCGCCUGAAAAAGCCUUUGAUUUCGUAACGUGCUCAGAGGAAUCGAAUCCGUGCCGUAUCAUUCGACGCGAGAUAAUUGAACUUCCUGACUGGAAGGCAGUUAAAAUGGAAGUCCAGAAGUUGGAAGAUUUCGCACUACAAAUACACUGUGACAUUGUACAAUUUCUGGCCUGGUUGCGAUGUGUUCAGGAUCAGAUCUGAGUGAAGUUUUUUGGACUUUUCUUUUUGGACGUUCACACAUUUAAUAUUUAGAAUUAGUCCCCCUUAACUUAUACAUGAGAAUGUAUCAUUGAAGAACUUGUAGGUGUAUAUAUAUAAGCAUACAUAUGUAUAUGUGUAUAGAGAGAGAGAGAGACUUAAGAGAGAGAUAUAAACUCUCUACAUAGAUAUAUUUACUCUAUAACUCUCUCUAUAUAUAUUCUCUCUUUUUUGAGGUAUAUAAGUGACACAAGGUCUUGUCUGAAUGGUGGAACAGAGGUAUAAAGCAUUUCCAGCAAAAGAAGAUGAGAGAAGGAAGUGGAUUGGAAGUGAAAAAAGUGUCUUUUUAUUCAGACUCUUUUUUUUUUUUUUUAGAUUGGCAACUCGUUGCCUUGUUACAGUGAGACACAGAGAGAGUGUGAUUUAGAGAAAGAAAGCAAGAGAGAGGGAGAAAGAGAGAGAGAGGAAGAGGACAAGAUAGACAGUGCACUCUGGAGCAACAGUGGCUCAGGCAAAUCAAGACACUCUGAUUAGCUGCCUUGAGUCAUUCAGGUGAAACGACAUACAGAGAGAGAUACAGAGAGAACGAGGGAUAGAAAGAAGAACAGUCACAGAACACAGAACAACUCAUUUUUUCACUUUUUUUUUUCUUCCAACAUAUCCUCCUCAUAUUUUGUCACCUACCAUCCCUCCUCCUCCUCCUCCUCCUCCUCCCACACCCCCACAGUUGCCCCAACGGACUACAAAGGAGAUUGUCGCACAUUGCAGCCAGGGAGAAAGAGAGAGAGAGAGAGAGAAAGAAGAGAAGAGGCAUUUCCUCUCCUCCACUAAAACAGAAUGUUCCUUCCCGCCCGCUUUUUUGCUUUUUUCCUUUUUUCAUAGUCGAAAAAGCCGGCUGCCCUCGGUCCUCUCCUCUCCUCUCCUCUCCUCCGCCGCAGCCUCCAUCCCUCCCUCCGUUCCUAAAUAAGACGGCGAGACUGGAAGGAAGUGUUAUUUACUUUAUCGCUGCUGGAUCUGUUCUCCCGCUUUGAUAGAUUUUUCCUUCUUUUUUCUCUUUCUUUUUUUUGUGUGUGAGAGCGUGUGUGUGUCGCCUCUCCAUCCCGAGAUCUCGAGAAGGAUUGGUGUUGUAUCAGAGGUCAGAGCAUCAAAGCGAGGGAUCGGGACUACCUUUGGGAACGGUGCUACCCUUGCGUAAAAGAGAAGGAAGAGGAAGAGGAGAAAGAGGAGGAAAAGGAGGAGGAAAAAGAGUCAGGGGGAGGAGGAGGAGGGAAUCCUUCAAAAGCCUGCACUCCAAUUUCGAGAAAGCGUAAGAUCUGGUCCCACGUGUUUUCCCCCCUGCCUCCUCCAUCCAUCCAUCCAUCUAUCCCCCCCUCCUCUUUUCCUUUUCGGAGGGAUCCUUGGAUAUUUGUCUCUCAUCCCUCUCUCGUCCUCGGAAUCUGUCAGCAUUCCUGAAGGGACGCAGCCGGCUUGCAUCCGCGCCAGUCCUUUGCUAUUAGCUGCUGCUGGUGUCGUCUGCUUUAUUCUGUGGCGGUGCAGGCAGCCAGACGACCAUUCUCCAUGAGGAGCAGUGGAAGAUGCCGGCUCUGCCAGCGCUGCUGCUGUCGAUUCACCUCCUCCUCCUCCUCCUGCUGCUGACCAUGGCACCGUCCUCUAUUAGCCAGGCUCCUUCUCUCGCUGCCGUUAGGAUGGCGGCCAUUCUAGAUGACCAGUCAGCGUGUGGGCGUGGGGAGCGCUUGGCCCUGGCGCUUGCUCGAGAGAACAUCAACAGCCUGAUGGAGGGACCGGCGCUGGCCCGUGUGGAGGUGGACAUCUUUGAGCUGCAGAGGGACUCGCAGUACGAAACCACUGAUACGAUGUGUCAGAUCUUGCCAAAGGGCGUGGUUUCCGUCAUAGGCCCCGCCUCCAGUCCAGCCUCUGGAUCCACUGUUAGUCAUAUAUGUGGGGAGAAGGAGAUCCCUCAUAUAAAGAUCGGUCCUGAAGAGACCCCCCGCUUGCCGUACCUGCGCUUCGCCUCGGUGACGCUGUAUCCCAGUAAUGAGGAUCUGAGCAUGGCGAUCGGUGCCAUUCUGCGCUCCUUUAACUACCCCACAGCCAGCCUCAUCUGUGCCAAGGCUGAGUGUCUGCUCAGACUGGAGGAGCUGGUGCGUCGCUUCCUUAUCUCCAGGGACACGCUCUCGGUGAGGAUGCUCGACGAGAGCCUGGACCCCACCCCCCUGCUGAAGGAGAUCCGCGACGACAAAGUAGCAACAAUUAUCAUCGAUGCCAACGCUUCAGUGUCUAUACUUAUACUAAAGAAGGCGUCAGAGCUAGGCAUGACAUCAGCCUUCUACAAGUACAUCCUGACCACUAUGGACUUCCCGCUGCUACGGUUAGACGAUGUAGUAGACGACCAGUCCAACAUUGUGGGAUUCUCCAUGCUGAACAACAGUCAUCCCUUCUACCUGGAGUUCAUCAGGAGCCUCAAUCUUUCUUGGAGAGAAGGAUGUGACCUCAGCCCGUACCCUGGUCCAGCUUUGUCGUCGGCGCUGAUGUUCGAUGCGGUGCACGUGGUGGUGGGAGCAGUGCGGGAGCUGAACAGGAGUCAGGAGAUCGGAGUGAAGCCCCUCAGCUGCACCUCCUCGCUCAUCUGGCAGCACGGCACCAGCCUGAUGAACUACCUGCGCAUGGUGGAGUAUGACGGUCUGACAGGGCGAGUGGAAUUUAACAGCAAAGGCCAGAGGACGAACUACACCCUCUGCGUGCUGGAGAAAUUCAGAGGAGGCCACAGAGAGAUUGGCAUCUGGUACUCAAACAACACGCUGGCAAUGAACUCCACCUCCCUAGACAACAACAUGUCUCACACACUGGCCAACAAGACCCUUACUGUCACCACCAUACUGGAGAAUCCGUACGUGAUGCGUAAAGAAAAUUACCAGGACUUUGAGGGGAAUGACCAGUAUGAGGGGUUCUGCGUGGAUAUGCUGCGGGAACUGUCAGACAUCUUGAAGUUCUCCUUCAGAAUAAAGCUGGUGGAUGACGGGUUGUACGGAGCACCGGAGCCGAAUGGGUCCUGGACGGGCAUGGUGGGAGAGCUAAUCAACAGGAAAGCUGAUCUGGCUGUAGCAGGCUUUACCAUCACCUCAGAGAGGGAGAAGGUCAUAGACUUCUCUAAACCCUUCAUGACACUGGGCAUCAGUAUUCUCUACCGCGUCCACAUAGGCAGGAAGCCGGGGUACUUCUCCUUCCUGGAUCCGUUCUCUCCCGCUGUCUGGCUCUUCAUGCUCUUAGCCUACCUUGCCGUUAGCUGCGUUCUCUUCCUGGCUGCCAGGCUGAGUCCGUAUGAGUGGUAUAACCCACACCCGUGUCUACGGGAGCGCAGGGACCUGCUGGAGAAUCAGUACACUCUAGGAAACAGCCUGUGGUUUCCGGUAGGAGGCUUCAUGCAGCAGGGUUCAGAAAUCAUGCCGCGGGCCCUCUCCACCAGAUGUGUUAGUGGUGUCUGGUGGGCGUUUACACUGAUCAUCAUCUCCUCGUACACGGCCAACCUGGCUGCGUUUUUGACGGUUCAGAGGAUGGAGGUGCCCAUAGAGUCAGCCGAUGACCUGGCAGAUCAGACCAACAUUCAGUACGGCACCAUCCACGGAGGCAGCACCAUGACCUUCUUCAUGAACUCACGUUACCAGAUCUACCAGCGCAUGUGGAACUACAUGUACUCCAAGCAGCCCAUUGUGUUUGUGAAGAGUACAGAGGAGGGCAUUGCACGUGUUCUCAACUCAAAAUACGCCUUUCUUCUGGAGAGCACCAUGAACGAGUACCACCGCCGUCACAACUGCAACCUCACACAGAUAGGAGGCCUGCUGGACACCAAGGGCUAUGGCAUCGGCAUGCCACUGGGCUCUCCAUUCAGAGAUGAAAUCACUCUUGGAGUGCUGCAGCUGCAGGAGAACAACAGGCUGGAGAUCCUAAAGCGCAGGUGGUGGGAGGGAGGGGAAUGCCCCAAAGAGGAGGACCAUCGUGCUAAGGGUCUUGGUAUGGAGAAUAUUGGUGGCAUCUUUGUGGUUCUGAUCUGUGGGCUGAUCAUUGCUGUGUUUGUGGCCAUAAUGGAAUUCGUAUGGUCCACCCGUCGCUCGGCUGAGACCGAUGAGGUACGCCCUCACUCCUGCCCAGGCCGAAAUCACAGACACGCACCAGUUUCUGUGUGUCAGGAGAUGAUGACCGAGUUCAGGAACGCUAUCUCCUGUAAAAAGAGUUCUCGUCUGCGGCGCCGCCGUCCGCUCUCUUCUCACGGGAUCCUGCGGCACCCUGCUCGACUCCCCCUGGGGGCGCCGCGCCCUGUCCGGCUGGUGCGUGAGAUGCGCCUCAGCAACGGUAAGCUGUACAGCGGGACGGGAACGGGGCCGCUGGCGGGAGCCGCAGCAGGAGCACCCGGGGUGGGUGGGGGCCCCCCAGUAGAUGUAGGUCCAGGUCCACAGCGUCUGCUGGAGGACCCUCUCGGUGCCAACGUGUCCAGCACCCCUCCUCCCCCCCCUCUGGCCCCCAUGCUCCCUCCGGCUCCACCCAGAGGCUGCACUCACGUGCGUGUGUGUCAGGAGUGCCGGCGGAUCCAGAGCCUGCGCUCCGCCUCAUCGUCCUGCUCCCGCAUCCCACCUCUAGCCUCGGCUACCUCGUCCCUACCUCGCCUGCCCCCUCCCCCGCCCCCAACGUCCUCCAACACGAACACCGACAGCGAUGGAGGCGGCUCCACCAGCCCCCGCCGGCCCAAGCCCAAACCCACGCCCCCUCCACGACCUGUUCCGCCCGCAAAAACAUCCCCCACAGAUCUGCUCUGCAAGCAGGACUGACCGACGAACUGAAGAAAUGAACAGAUGUGCGCUGUCGUAAGAGGCUUGAACCUCAUCAAAAACUGAUAUUUUAAAACAAGCUUUGGGGAGAGCCGUGGAGACACUUUAAGAAGAGUAACCAGCACAGUAUCAGGGACAUAAAUAAUGGGAACGUUUAUAAUGAGAAGUUUUCAAGACUGAGGAAAGAAAAACUGGACCAAGUCAGCAGCUUCCUCCACCAUCGCCAUCUCACUCACACUCCGUUCAACUCAACUCAACUCAACCUAACGUUCACGCAAAAGUGAGGGACAGCCCAUCCAAAAUCGUGUAAACCGUACGGUCUUCACGACUAUGUACUAUGCAACAUGUCAGAGAGCAGAAGCCCUGGAGAUGAGCACUGAUGGUCCAGGCAUCAGAGCGGAGUACGGCUUCCAGUCUUUGGGGUUUGCAUUCCUCCUUUUUUCUCUUCCAUAACUGUGAGCUGGACGACUUAAUGACUUAAUGAGCUAUACCUUAAACCCCCUGAGAGGGCCAUGCAGAACUACACAGAAUUUGAACCACGUUCUUGGACUGAGACUUGGGUUUUAACUCUUAUUUUGUAACUCUGAAGAUCUUACUCCAUAAGAACGAUGGUUUGGAGAAAAGGCGUAUUAUAGAGUUCUGUUUUUUUUUCUCUAAUUAUUACCAGCUUUUUAUAUCUUUCAGUUUGGUUUUCUUUUUUUGUCUUUUUUUUGGUCUUAUUUUCUACCAUGGCAGUUUCUUUUUUUUUGUCUCUGUGUUGCUGUGGACGGUAGUAUUUUGGAGAUUUAUUUUUUAACUUGGUUUUGUGGACAUUUUUAUCAAAGAUCACUUCAUUCAAUUUCCUGUCCCACGAGUUCUCAAACAGUGCAGCUAGUAUUAAAGUUACAGCUGGACGAUAAAGGCCAGAGCGGGUUUUCCAGGAGAAAAGAGAGAAUGGCGUUUUCACUGAGCUGAGUUUGGUUUGACGGUUAAUGCAAGAUGGCCCUACACUCGCACUCUGGUACACAAAAAUACGUGUAUUAAAAAUGGGUUUAAAGCUGCACCUUGUGUGCACUGUUGUGAUGGCAACGUGAAUGAUGAACGUGGUAUUACUGUAGUGCUGGUAUUACUGCCAAGGAUGAUUGUAAUCUGUGCAGAUGCUGAGGUGUAAUUAAGCUGCUACAAAACAGAUGAGAAACAGCGCAAGAAACCUGAGAUCAUCAUUUUAAACUGAAUUAUGAAUCAGUCCAAAAAAGUCAGGCCAAAUUGUGGAAGUGCAUAUGGUUGUUUAUGCUCAAUGCAGGAGUGAGUGUGUUUUUGUAUGUAUGUGUGUGACUGUGUGUGAGUGUGCGAGCUUGUGAAUGAGAGUUCAUUGGUUUUUUUCACGUUCUCUUAUGAAGUUUCUCAUAUUUUUGUUUCAGACAUAAUUGAGAAAAAAAUGGAAAUUAUUCAGAUUAUAUUGUUAUUAUUAUUGCUAUAAAAUGUGGGGUUAUGUAGGAGGGCCACCACCCUCUAAGGUUAAAUAUAUAGAGACAUAAAUCAUUUGGAAUAAAAAAGGAUAUAUUCCAAAUA